UUUUUUUCUUGUCCUCUUGAUUCUGUUACCCUUUCCGCUGUAAUUUUUCAUUAUUUUCAGAGAUAUCAUGAAAUUACAACAAAGUUAAGGCUUAUUUAUGAAGAUGAAGACAAAUCACGCAAAAUGGAAUUGCGUUCCAUUGCCGGACCAAAUGAAUUUGCAGAAUUUUACUCACGAUUUAAAGCACUGAAAGAUGCGCACAGAAGAAAUCCGGACGAGAUCGCGGUACCGCUGAGUCUGGAAUUUCAAAAAAUGAACGAAGCAAUUGAAAAUCUCGAAUUGGCCGAGCAAGAAUUGAUUGACUUCACCGACGAGGAGAGCUAUGGGCGUUUUUUGGACAUGCAUGCAGUUUAUGAGAAAUACGUCAAUAUUAAAGGAAUUAAGAAAGUUGACUAUCUGACAUUUCUGAGCAAUUUCGAUCGUUUCGCCGAAAUUCCAAUAAGUUCGAAAAAAACAGGCAGCUAUCGUGAAUAUCUGAAUGUCCUAAAAGAAUACCUGAUCAAUUUCCUUGCGCGAACUCGACCGCUGCUUGAUGUGAAUGAGGAAUUCGAGAAAUCUCUUGUUGAUUUUGACAAAAAAUGGGAAGAAGGAACAUUGAGUGGUUGGAGUCGUGAUCAGCAUGGUGCUCUAGCGCAUUCCGGUGCUUUUCUGGAUCUCUCCUCGUUCGAAUCGGCUGCUGAUUUGGAAGCUCUGGGACUGGAUCCUCAUGAAUUAACACUGAAAGAAAGAGCCGAGAGACUGUUCGCAACCAAAGGACACAAACUGAGUGAAAUGGAGAAAACGGCUUUGGCGAAACGUAAAGAUGUGGAUCAGAAGGAGCAACUGAAGCUGCGCCAAACUGCUCGUCUCGAAACACAAAUACAGAGAAUAGCAUCCCUGUUAAGCGAAGAAAAAGAAGCGACAAAAGAAAAUGUAGAACGAAAGCAGGCACGGGGUGCUGGUGAAAAUGUUGAAGAAGAGGAUGUGGUCGAUGAACUUUCCGAUGACGAAGAGGAUGACAGCAUACCGUAUAAUCCAAAGAAUUUACCGCUGGGAUGGGAUGGCAAGCCAAUCCCAUAUUGGCUGUAUAAAUUACAUGGCCUGAAUAUCUCAUAUCCGUGUGAAAUUUGCGGUAAUCAAGUUUACAAGGGACCGAAAGCUUUCCAA